AUGGAGAAGCUGAAAUCUUCAGAGGAGGUGUGUGAGAUCGCAAAGCAGCACGUCCGGAAGCUGCAAGACGAUCUGGAAGCUUCAGAGCUGGAAAGUGCUCAAGCCGCUAUGAAGCUCUGCUUUCAAUACGGGUUCUGUGCGGGACAAAUGCUGAUAAGAGCAAGAUCUGUCAUCUGUGACAGCUAA